AUGUCAGGAGUGUUCUUAGCUCCCAGACGGGAUGCUGCUGCUAAGCUUGGUCCAGUUGAACUGCUCUGUCCUCCAAAGAGGAAGGGGAUGAAGAACAGCAGUAGCAAUGCCAGCUCCAGCAGUGCAAUGCAGAAGGAAAUCACACUGCCUUCAAGACUGGUGUAUUACAUCAACCAGGACUCCGAAAGCCCUUAUCAUGUGCUCGACACAAAGGCCAGACAUCAGCAGAAACACAACAAGGCUGUCCAUCUGGCCCAGGCGAGCUUCCAGAUUGAAGCCUUUGGCUCCAAGUUCAUUCUUGAUCUCAUACUGAACAAUGGUUUGCUGUCUUCUGACUACGUGGAGAUUCAUUAUGAGAAUGGGAAACCAAUGUACUCUAAGGGGGGAGAACACUGCUACUAUCAUGGGAGCAUCAGAGGCGUCCAAGACUCCAGGGCAGCUCUGUCGACGUGCAAUGGCCUCCACGGCAUGUUUGAGGACAAUACCUUCAUGUAUAUGAUAGAGCCACUGGAACUCAUUCAUGAUGAGAAAAGCACAGGCCGACCACACAUAAUCCAGAAAACCCUGGCAGGACAAUAUUCUAAGCUGAUGAAGAAUCUCAGCUCAGAUGGCAGUGACCAGUGGCCUUUGCUACCUGAAUUACAGUGGCUGAGAAGAAGGAAGAGAGCAGUGAGUCCAUCACGUGGUGUGUUUGAAGAAAUGAAGUAUUUGGAACUUAUGAUCGUAAAUGAUCACAAGACGUAUAAGAAGCACCGCUCUUCUCACGCGCACACCAACAACUUUGCAAAGUCUGUGGUCAACCUGGUAGAUUCUAUUUACAAGGAACAGCUCAACACUAGGGUUGUCCUAGUGGCCGUAGAGACCUGGACUGAGAAGGAUCAAAUUGACAUCACCAUCAACCCCGUGCAGAUGCUGUAUGAGUUCUCCAAGUACCGGCAGCGCAUCAAGCAGCAUGCCGAUGCUGUCCACCUCAUCUCGCGUGUGACAUUCCAUUACAAGAGAAGCAGUCUGAGUUACUUCGGAGGUGUGUGCUCUCGCGUUAGAGGGGUCGGUGUAAAUGAGUAUGGUCUUCCAAUGGCAGUGGCACAAGUAUUGUCUCAGAGCCUGGCUCAAAACCUUGGAAUCCAGUGGGAACCUUCUAGUAGAAAGCCAAAAUGUGAAUGCAUAGAAUCCUGGGGCGGCUGCAUCAUGGAGGAAACAGGGGUAUCCCACUCUCGGAAGUUCUCCAAGUGCAGCAUCUCAGAGUACCGAGACUUUUUACAGAGGGGAGGCGGGGCCUGCCUUUUCAACAGGCCAACAAAGCUGUUUGAGCCCACAGAAUGUGGGAAUGGAUACGUAGAGGCCGGGGAGGAAUGUGACUGUGGUUUCCAUGUGGAAUGCUACGGAGUUUGCUGUAAGAAAUGCUCGCUCUCCAAUGGAGCCCACUGCAGUGAUGGCCCCUGCUGCAACGGCACCUCCUGUCUUUUUCAGUCACGAGGGUAUGAAUGUCGGGAUGCCGUAAACAGCUGUGAUAUCACUGAAUACUGCACUGGAGACUCUGGCCAGUGCCCGCCAAAUCUCCAUAAACAAGAUGGCUAUGCCUGCAAUCAAAAUCAGGGUCGCUGCUACAGUGGGGAGUGCAAGACGAGGGACAACCAGUGUCAGUACAUCUGGGGAACAAAGGCUGCAGGGUCAGACAAGUUCUGCUAUGAGAAGCUGAACACGGAAGGCACUGAGAAGGGCAACUGUGGCAAAGACGGAGACCGGUGGAUCCAAUGCAGCAAACACGAUGUGUUCUGUGGAUUUUUACUCUGCACCAAUCUUACCCGAGCGCCGAGGAUUGGCCAGCUUCAAGGAGAGAUCAUCCCCACGUCCUUCUACCAUCAAGGCAGAGUCAUUGACUGCAGUGGUGCUCAUGUGGUUUUAGAUGACGAUACCGAUGUGGGCUACGUAGAAGAUGGUACUCCAUGUGGUCCAUCCAUGAUGUGCUUAGACCGGAAGUGCCUACAGAUUCAAGCCCUGAAUAUGAGCAGCUGCCCACUUGACUCCAAGGGCAAAGUCUGUUCAGGCCAUGGGGUGUGUAGCAAUGAAGCCACCUGCAUCUGUGACUUCACUUGGGCAGGCACAGACUGUAGCAUCCGGGAUCCCGUUCGGAACCCCAACCCCCCGAAGGACGAAGGACCUAAGGGUCCUAGUGCCACCAAUCUCAUAAUAGGCUCCAUCGCUGGUGCCAUCCUGGUAGCAGCUAUUGUCCUUGGGGGCACAGGCUGGGGAUUUAAAAACGUCAAGAAGAGGAGGUUCGAUCCCACUCAGCAAGGCCCCAUCUGAGUCAGCCGCACUGGAGGAAGGCCACCUUGUACUGUUGGGUUCUGGGUGUGAUGGGUUUUCAGCCAUGCUGCCGGAACUCUGAAGUCUGGAAACAAGACCAUUGGGUGGUAAUAACUACAGAACUUAAAUGUGGAAAUGGGGAUGGGGUACAAGACAACUGUCCCUUUUGGAAAUAACUUCAAGUAAACCCUCCAGUCACCUGUCCAUAAAGGGGAGGGGGUUAAAGACCAUGUCAUUAAAAAAAAACUGUUCAGAAUCCUCUAUUUUUUUCUUUCUAACUAAAGGAGAAAGGAAGAACAGCAAAGCGCAAUAAAGAACACAUAGCAAAUGAUUUUCCCUUUAGCCUGCUGACACCUAGUAUCUUCUAAGUGAUUUGGCAUGAUUUUUCCCCUUUGCUAUCAAAGACAAACUCCAGUGGCAUGAAGAUCCAAUUUUGGAAAGGAUAAAAAAACUGCAUGGCAUAUAUAACACCAAGCUAGCAAGCCGAUCUUCAGCAAAACCCACAAUGCAAGUCCUAAGGGGAAGAUGACAGAGGAACACACAGAAGCUGCCUAGGCCUGGAUACCGCUUCCUCCCUCUAUCCCCCUUCCGUAUCCUCUCCACCCGCCCCCCCCAUCCCUUUCCCUCACCUCCGUGUCCCUCCUGCUCUAGACCAACCCACGGCAGCACUGAGCCAGACUACACUCUUGCUGAAUUCCCUUUCCCCACCAUUUUCUCCCCUGGACCAAGCAUCCUCUGGAAAUAGGAUCUGGAAUUUGAACAAUGUUGUUGUAUAGUUCUUUUAUAAAUGUAAAUAUGGAAAUAGGAGAUUUUGACAUGCCAUUUUCACUUGUCUAUACUGGAAUGUUUUCCUUGCGAAGAUUCUCCCUACAUGAGUUGUUGCUUGCUCCACAUCCUCUUUUUCUUUCUUUUCUCUCGUUUUCUUUCCUUCAUUUUCUCUGUCCUCUCUUAUAACAUGUCCAAUGAUUGUUGGGCUUGCUUAACAGCACAGAUGAUGUAGCCCCAGAUACAGGGAGUUUGGGCACAAAACAAAGCUAUUAUGCUUGAAACCAAAAUUAAGAAAAAAAAAAAAAGAGGACACAAAACAACCCAUAUGAAGAACACAACAAUUAUGUAAAUGUGAGUAUAUAUGUUCUGAUUAGUCUAAAAUUUUUGAUGUCACCGUAAGCACAUGUAUAUAAUGUAAGAAAACAGAGACCCUUCUCAAAUGAAUCACAAAAGUGCCAAGCUCAUGAUCUUAGUUUUUGGUUUCCCUGUCUUAAAUGUGAAAGGAGGAGAAACUUAAAGCCUUAAAUAAAAAUUAAUAACUUUUAAAUGUUGAAAGCUUGGAGAAAAGUUAAGCUUUCCAUUCUGUUCCUAUAUAUUUUUGUCAAAUUUCAUUUAUGCUUCAUCUUCCCGCCUCAGAACGCCAGCGCGAUGGGGCAGAGCAGCGGGUAGCCUUCUGGUCAUUUCGGCCUGUCAUUCAGCUUGGUGAUUUCGGGAGCUCGCUUGGCCCUCAGUGUUUAUCUGGCCUGUGGACUCUGGGGGACUGUCAUGGGGUUCCACCACAUAUGAACCCACACUCUUUUUCCUACAGUAGCUCGGGAGAGAGAAUCUUGGCAUUCCUGAGAUUCUAGAUUUCCCUUCCCUUUCCUUCCCCCAUUCCUUCUUUAACAUAUAGCCAGGAUAGCGUCCAUUGAAGUGUUAGGGCAACAGGUUCCUGAAGAAAUUCUCUGCUUUAGUCUUUGUUUUAGAUCCUCAGAAUUGUGCAGGAUGGCUUCAGCGAACCCCAUCUGGAAUUUAAACCCCCGAGAUCUGCACUUAGCUCUAAACCCCUUUCCAACAAGACUCAAGCAGCGAGUUUGACAUUCUUCUGGACUAGAAGGGAGGAUUUCCUGAAAAUGGGCUGCUUAGAGCUGGAGUUUCUCCUCUUCCCUCACAGAUAUCUUUAGUUAUGGAAGUUUCACACUCACAGCACAUACAUCUUGAUUGCUGUAUACUACCCCAGACCAUAACCUAACAUCUGAAUCCUCGGGUGGCUUUCUGGGAAUCAGGUGCUAUGCGGGUAUGCAGUCUCUUGCUUGAACUUGCUGUUUGCUUAUAUAACGACAACAGGGCUAUCUAUAAGGUUUAUUGGCCUUAUUCCUGGUUUUAUAAGACACAGGUUGCACCCCUUUAUGGAAAGGCAGUGGCUCAGCUUGGAGGAAGGUUGGAGGAAAUUCAGGUAACUUGGCAUUGCUCCCUGUCGUUGCAUUGUCAAGGGGUCCACGCACACCAAGCAGCUGACAACCACACUGCGCUCAUUUCACUAUUUCCGAGGCACCAUGUGACUUGAUUGGACACGAAACCAUGCCAGUUAGAAAACGGAUCUCUAUUGUUAACUUCUGAGCAUUUCACAAACAACAUUGUAAAUGUGCGAUGUUACUGUGUUUUAAAUCAGACCACAGUGGUCCCCAAAUAUUAUGUACAUAUGACAAAUGUCAGUGUAACUUUUGGUCACACUGACAGUUUCAUAGGUAGGCAAACCUAUGCUCCAGUGUUAAAUUGUCUGUGCGUGUAUGUAAAACGCACAAGUGUUGAGCUAUGUGUGCACAGACAUAAAGGGGAGUGCGGUCGUACUGUACGCAAUGGGUUAGCGCCAUUUUCAGUGGUGUUAGGUUAUGAAGUUUCUAACCCUUUGCUACCUUUUCUCUUGCACAUGCCAUUUAUUCAUGGUAUGAAUACUCCUUAUCCAUUUGAAUUCAGAGCACAAGCUGGCCAUUGUUCAUGAAGACUGAGUUCCCAUCUCACUGGCUAUUCUUUUCCUGCGAUGACGAAUGACAUGUGUCUGGAUGAGGAGGUGUGCGCUAACGCCCUUGCUAAUGCCCUUGCUCACUGGGGUAGUGCAUGAGCCCACUGGACUAGAGCCACUCCUCUCGGCUAAGUGAGCAGUACACAUAGGUGCAUGUUUGAAACAUGAAUCACAUAGAGCUGUGGAAUUUUGCCAAGUGACGUGCUGUCCUUCGUUUCCACUAUGCAAAGAUGGGAAACACAGCUUUUCAGAGAUGAUGUCUGAAAAACUUUACAACAAUACUUGAAUUCUUUCUUUAAUCACCCCAUCCCAUUUUAAGGUCAUUAAUGCUUCCAUUGUUAACUUUAUUUUUUUCCCCUUCAACUUUAAUAGUUUGUAAUCUUUAAAUGCGCAACCUGAACUUUUGUUUGAUAAAUUCUAAUCCU